UGUAGAACAUAUACCCGAAAUAUUUUCUAAAACGUCAAAAUAACGGCGACUUUUACUACCUGGGAUAGUCAUAAAAAUGACGUUAAAAUGUCGUCUUUAUUGUGACGUCAACGGUCUGUGACAUUAAACCGUCAUUUUAGGGUGCAUUUCGAUAUUCACUGCCAGUACUGACAGUGCUGUGAGUACGUUCCAAAAUGCGCUGCAGUAAACUUUCGAUGAACUUGUGAAAGGGUGUGACGUCAUAGAUUUUGUCAUCACUUCCUGCUUUCGUUACUGCGGUUGGCGAGGUAAGGCAUUCGCAGUAGAAAGAUGGCGGCGCCCGACAACAUGGAAUGAUUAUCUUUAAUAGACAUUGAAACGAAGGAGGAAUAUGAAAUAAAAGUAAGCAGCAAAGAUGCAGCCAGAGCACGAGAAGGUAAAAAAAUAUAAUGUUUGCUACAAAAUUGCUGGAAAUAGCAAAACACUCAACCAAAGAUAAAUGUGUGUCACAAUGUUCUUUGCCACAAGCAAGUACUAGUAGCAGUCAGCUUGAAAAUGAACAAUCGACAACUGAACAAUGUGCAGAAAAUGCACAUGCAUGGACAAAACAGGAAACAUUAUUAUUAUUAGAAUUGUACCGUGAACAUCAAACGAAAUUUGUUGGUGGAAAAGGUACUGUAAAAAAACAUUGGGACAAUAUUGCAAAACUCAUGCAACAAAAAGGAUAUAAUAUUGACGGCUUCAAAUGUUCAACAAAAUUUCAAUCUUUGAAGCGUACAUACAAAUGUAUUGUGGAUCACAACCAAAGAAGUGGCAAUAGUAGAAAAGAUUGGGAAUUUUUACAGGUGAAACCUUUGGCAACAGCAGGAUCGCACUUAGGUGAAACAGAAAACGACAUCAAUGUACAAAACAAAAAAGAAAAUCUUCCAGAAAAAGUUUCAGUCACUAAAAAGACCGAAGUAAAUACUUUGAUAAAUGAUUAUAUAUUAUUUAGCCAAGAAGAACGUGCUAAACGAAGAGAAGAUCGGGCAAAACAGCAUGAAGAGAAACUGCUUGCCUUUAAAAAAAUAGAAAACUUAUUAGAAAAAUUGGUUGACAAAGAAAAGUAAGAUAUACAAAGAAAAUAAGAUAUUUUCUUAAGACUCUUGGACUCUUGCGAAAGAUUAAAAGUGAGAAAACUCAUGUUAAGAAAUCUUGCGUGCUAUUAAAAAGGUAAACCUGGAAAAUAUUUUUUAUUAAUUCAGCACGCUUGUAAAAUUGAUCAAAAACUUUCCUUUUACUCGAACAAUCAAUAAAUAUUGCAAAAUUAACAUUGUCAAAAUCAUGAGAAAAAAUAUUAAAACGUAAGACUUCCUAUCAAGUUAAUUUUGCGAUAUUUAUUGAUUGUUUGAGUAAAAGGAGUUUUCGGCCAAUUUUGCAAGUGUGCUGAAAUAAUUACAAAUGUUAUUUUUCAGGUUUACUUUUUUAUUUGAAAAUAAUACACAAGAUUUCAUAGCAUGCGUUUUUUCGUUUCUGACGUCAUUAAACAAGGGCAGUUCUCAUAAGGGUCCAAGAGCCUUAACUUCUGCCUUAAUUUCUUAUAAAAUUGUCAAUAUAAACUUUAAUUAUAUAUUACGACUUUGUAACGAACCGCGUUUCUAAGCGGCUAACAGCGACCGCAAGGCCCGGCCGACCAUCCGCCGGGCCAAGAAACAGGCCAAGAAACGGGCCAAGAAACGGGCAAAAGCGCGCCCAUAAACACUCCACGCCACCGAGAUGACGCGCAUCUCGGAGGCGCUUCGCCUCCCUCCUCUCGAACCAGCAUCCCGGAGAUGUAACCGAGAGAAGGCCGAGGAGUCCCGAAGACUCCCGAGUCGCUGCCGGGGACCAUAUAUAAGGCCGCCCGGCAACGACAAACUCCACUUCUCGUUAUCCCGUCCGACACGUUCCAACGAGGAGACAAACCCUACGAGCCAGAAAAACGGUGGAGUGUUCUCCGUCAUCGCCGAGAGUUCUCGGCCUAGCUCGCCUGACUUCCUUUCCUCGCUAAGCAGACAACGGAGGUAGAGCGUGCUCUGUCUCCGCCGAGAGCUCUCGGCAGCUAGCAGGGAUCCUUUCCGACCGCAUCCUCACGGCCCGGUAAAACGGCACGGAGUGUUCUCCGUCUCCCCCCGAGAGUACUCGGGACCGACGUCGUUCCCUGAAACCCAGCCGCCGUUCGGAGAAUUGCCGUAGCAAUUCAUAGAAAAACUACGGGACGCGAGACACCCGUUUCCACGCCGCGCGCCCGCCGGCCACCGAGCCCGAACGUCGGGCUCGCUUCACGAGCCGCCCACCUCACCGCGUGCCGUCGACAUCCCACCGUACCAGACAGCUGAUCGGCUGGCUGUCACGCGCGCCGUUCCUGAUCACCGGAAAGCAUCGUUGUACAUAGCCCGACCGCUGUAUAUAAUUCCUUCGCGUUGUAAAUAUCCGCAAACUUCAUUGUAUUAUAAUAAAGUAAUAAAUUGUAUCGUCUAAACUAUCCGUUGCAUUUCUGCUGUUUCUGAGCCUUUUUCGCCCUGGCCUUUUUUCCGACGAGCUAAGAUCUCCGCGCGAAAACGGUCGUUACAACUUUAUAAAAAAUAUAAUGAUAUUGACCGGUAUUCAUAGCCUGUUUUUAAGACCGGCCUUUUUCAAGAUCUUAAGUACAAUCUUAAGGCCGGUAUUCAUAGUCAAUUCUUAUAUUUAAGAUCAUCUUAAGUACAGUCUUAAGAUGCAAUCACAGAGCCGUAUUAGCAUCUUAAGACAUUACUUGAGACGAUCUCAAAAUAAGAUUCGACUAUGAAUACCAACCUAAGACACUAAUAUCUGUAAUUGGUUUAUGCCAUCUUAAGAUUUUAUUUAAGACGAUUCUUAAAUAUAAAAAUGGAUUAUUGUGAUAUAAUGCAAUAUACAGUACAAGUAUUAAUUUAUGUAUUUUUAAUUUUAAGAUCACAUGUUUUCACAAAUCAUGUGUAUUACUAAUGAAUAACGGUCAUUGUGAUAUAAUGCAACAUACAGUGCAAGUAUUAGUGUUUCUUUAUAUAUGUUUAAUUUUAAGAUUACGUCUUCACGUAUUAUAUAUCUUAUAUAAUAUUGUGAUAUAAUGCAACUGUGCAAAUGCUUUAAUUUCUUAAGUUUUUGUAGUUUUUGUACGUAUGUAAGAUUACACGUCUUUUAUAUUGGUUACUUUCCAGCUAGCGAUAUAAACAUUAUUUUAUCUUUGUUUUAAUCUAAUAAGCAAUAAAGACAAUGAUAGUGAGCAUUGUUACUUCUUUCUAGAAGAUUUUCUUUUUUGUUUUAUAUAUUAAUUUUAUUUUCUAUUUUAUCUAAAUGCUUGUGUCGAUUUGUACUGCUAGCUGGAAAGUACUAUUGUUUGGCUAGUAGGACUUAGACACAAUAAAAAGAAUAAGGAAAGAAAUUAAAUACAAGAAAUUAGGAAUAGAGAAUUAAAUUUCUAUCAAUGAGAAGUCAUGCUUUCGUAUGCGUUUACAAUAAAAGAAGAAAAAAUUGACAUGUGGAACAGAAAGCAUGGCUUCUCAGUGGUCGAAAUUUAAUUCUCUAUUCCUAAUUUUUUGUUUCUUAUUUCUUUCAUUGUGUCUGAGUCUUUACUAUUAUCUCUUGAACUAAUAAUUUUUAUGAAUCCCAUCUAUUGCACCAAUACUAUUAGGAAAUCCAUAUUUUUGUUUAAUUGAUUUCAUAUUACGUUUAGGGCACAUAUUAUGGAACUUUUCGAAAUAAAUUCCAAUCAGAAUUAUUCAAUUAUUUCCUAUAUUUUUAUUGUUUUCUAGGGAAAACAAAAUAAUUCCGAUCGGAAUCCAUUUGAUCCGAACAAUUCCAUAAUACCUGCCCAGAUUUCCAAAGUUGGUCAGCGAAUAAAUAUUUAAGCGCAAAUACAAAAUUUUUAAUGUAAUACAUAUAUGUACGUAAUAAAUUCAAUUAGAUAUAUAUUACUUUAUAUAAGAAGUUUUAUUAUAAUUUUGUUUUUUCUAUUAUAAUCUUUGAAAAUGUUUCUUCGAGAAAUAAAAAUUUAUUUAUUUUUAUCGAUUUAUUCAGUUUGCCAUAUAAUUAAGGGUAGAAUAAUAAAUAAUGAAAUUGAUUAAAUAAAUAAAGACAAUAUUAAAUAAAUCUAAAUUUUUUAUAUAUUAUCUGUACAUGUGUAUUUAUUACAUACUUAUAAAUUAAAUCUGUUGCUAAUUAACUUGUAUUGCACGAAUUGUAUUAGCAUAAAUAAAAUUGUUUAAAACAUUCAAUUUUCGA